CGCCAGGACGCGCUCCAUCCCGUGCACCACCGGCCCACACUACCUCGGUCCGCCUGCGCUUGUAACGAGCCAGAGAUCUAGGAGCCAGGAGCCAUGGCGAAGGCGGUGGCGGUGGCGGUGCUGGUGGCGCUGCUGCUGGUGGCGGCGGCGGGCGCGGGCGGGGCGGCGGCCCAGCAGUGCGACGCGUCGGGGCUGGCGGUGUGCGCGCCGGCGAUCAUCGGCGGGGCGGCGCCCACGGGGGGGUGCUGCACCAGCCUGCGCGCGCAGCAGGGGUGCUUCUGCCAGUACGCGCGCAACCCGGCGUACAGCAGCUACAUCAACAGCCCCGGCGCCCGCGGCUUGCUCACCGCCUGCGGCAUCGCCAUCCCGCGCUGCUAGAGGCGCCGCACCGUGUCCUCGCGCGCGCUCCGCCUCGCGUGCGCGUGCGCGUCGAUCUGUCUGGGUUUUCCUUGUCCGUGUCGUGGUGUGGCGUGUGGAUUGAAACAAUAAAAAUUGUGUGAACCGGUU